UAACUACCCGUCGCCGAGACAACUACCAUUCCUCCGACCUGCCAAGAAACAGAGUGCCACCGAGUGGGACUGCUUGGUGAGGCUCCCCAGCCCUCCCCCACCACCACCACCACCACCACCACCACCGCCCCCCUGCAUCAGCAAUGGCUGGUUCAGUCCACGACCCUCCAAGGUAUGCCCCCAAGCCCCCAGACCCAUGAACCCGAACAUUGCUCUUCUUCUUCUUCUUCUUCUUCUUCGUUCUCCAUUCCUCUCUCUCAGACAUAGCAACAACCGCUGAGCGCCUCCGGAUCACAGGCCAAAUCGACCACCCUCCCUCUGUUCUCAGCUCAUAAGGUUUCUUGUUUCGCCGAAUGGAGGAUGCGUCGAAUCCCGAGCCGCGCGAACCCGUGGCUUCUUCUUCCUCCUCCUCUUCGGUCGCGGCCGAAAGCCCACCGCCUUCCGCCCCGUCGACCUCGCGGGUCGAGGGCGAGGGCGUCGAGGGCGAUGAGAUCGAAGACGUGCAUCUCCACCACCUCUACCUCCGCCGCCACGACCGGCGGCGGCAGUGGUUGCGGCGGCCUCCUCGCGUGUCGUAUCGGGUCAACUUCACCUUUUCCAAUGUGGCCUCUUCAGAGAUGAGAGACGAUGUCUGGUCCUGCCUCGUAGUUCUCGUUGUCUUCUGGUUCUUCGCAGCAUCUAUGACUUUGAUUCUUGGGUUGUAUGGAUCUAUAAAUUUAGAGUUGGGGCCAAAUUGCUCUCGGCUUAUACAGACUAAUCCUAUAUUUGUGCAGUCCAUUAAGGUCGAGGAAUUAGAUGAAUCAAAAUCUGGUCCCAUGCUGUAUGGUUAUUCCAAACCUCCACUCCUCGAUGUCGAAACAACCUGGACAGAAACACAUAAUGUAUCUAUAGCAGCCAACUUUCACAAGGAGUGGAUACACUUCCUGAAUGAAGGAUCAAAAGUACAUGUCUCCUACAGUGUAAAAUCUCCGUUGCCUGUAUCCCUAGUGAUUGCCAGAGGCAGAGAAAGCCUUGUUGAGUGGAUUGAGGAUCCAUCUUAUCCAAAUACAACACUAUCUUGGAAUAUAAUAUACGGGAUGGGCACAGUCCAGCAAGAAUUUUCUACAUCUUCUAGUUAUUAUAUUGCCGUUGGUAACUUAAAUUCAGAGGAGGUGAAGGUAGAGUUGAAGUUCACUGUAAAUGCUUUUCUCUAUGAUACAAGCCAGGCGUAUUAUAGAUGCUCCCUUGGAAACCUCUCAUGUAGCUUGAAGCUCUUUCUUCUGAGGGAAAAUGCCGCUGUUCUGAGUUCUCCAGGAUUUAAAGAGGGUUCCCCUGACAACAAUUGGUACAUCAAAGUUUCCUAUGGUCCACGGUGGAUCACUUAUUUUGUUGGAUCAGGUGUUAUGACCAUUCUCCUACUGUUAGCAUUCCGACUUUGUAACGUGUUCCAAUUUAGCAGUGGAGAAAGUACAGGACUUCAACCGGGACAGAUGGAAACUGAACGGGCACCGUUGCUUUCUCCUAAGGAGGAUGACCUAUCAAGCUGGGGUUCAUCUUAUGAUUCCGUAUCGCAUGAUGAGGAGGAUUUGGAAGAGCAGCUUGCAGUCACUGCUCUUGAAGGAAAGCCAUUUGGAGAAGGAGAAAAUCACAGCAACCCCCGCGGUCUCUGCGUCAUUUGUUUUGAUGCCCCCAGGGAUUGCUUCUUCCUUCCCUGUGGACACUGUGCUGCAUGCUAUGCAUGCGGAUCAAGGAUUGCGGAGGAAGAUGGUUCUUGCCCCAUCUGUCGUAGGAAAAUGAAAAAGGUUCGAAAGAUUUUCACCGUUUGAGCAGAAUUCAAGCUUUGUGCAGGCAGGCACUUUCAGUUCAGUGGUUCACAGCCAUGUGUUUCAGAUGAACAUGUAAAUUCUUCUGAUACGUACUUGUAUAAAGUUUGAAGCAGUGAUCGAAAUAGUCUUUUGUGCGUGGCAGUCAUUAUCUGGGCUUCGUUCGAAAUGACCAAUAAUUUAGAUUGGUUAGCAACA